AUGGCGUCUAUAUCGACAUCUCUCAAGUUCGCUGUACUCAUUGACGCCGACAAUGCCAGUCCUGCCAUGGCAGGCUCUAUACUUACAGAGAUUGCCAAGUAUGGCACGACCUUUGUUAAGCGCGCUUAUGGCGACUGGACUGGGCCAGGAUUGAAUGGUUGGAAAGAGCGUCUUCUUGAACAGUCGAUUCAACCAAUACAACAGUUCGCCUACACCAAAGGGAAGAAUUCGACAGAUUCGGCCAUGAUCAUCGACGCUAUGGAUCUUCUAUAUUCGGGCAAAUUUGGCGGCUUCUGUAUUGUUUCCAGUGACAGCGACUUCACUCGGCUGGCGUCUAGGAUUCGGGAGUCUGGCCUAGUUGUCUUUGGAUGCGGAGAAAGAAAGACGCCUAGACCUUUCGUCACGGCUUGCGACAAGUUCAUCUACCUUGAGAAUCUGGUGACAAUGACUGGGCCGCCUAAGUUUGGAAUUGCAGUAACUGGGCCACCCAAUGCUGGUUUGGCUAUUGCAGGACCCAUUAGCGUAGGCCCAUCGAUUGCAGGACCAUCCAAAGACCAAAAGGUCAGCGUGCCGUCGGCUAAUGUGAAGGAAGGGAAUAGGGAUGAGGAUGAUCCUCCCGAGAGUAACACGCAAGUGGAGGAAGCUCGGCCGGUGGAUUCUCUGGUAGCUGGAACUUCAUCACCUGGACCUCACCCAGUUGAUAGAGAGGCGGCUGAGUGGCUGCAAGAGGCUAUAGAGGUGUCUUCAGACGAUGAAGGAUGGGCCUUGCUUUCGGAAGUUGGCUCACUCAUGAUCCAGUGGCAUUCUGAUUUUGACCCUCGUACUUAUGGGUUUAAAAAGCUCAGCCAGCUGAUGACGUCCAUAGCCUGCUUCGAAACGUCGAAUCGAAGUCCUGGGGAUGGGAAGUCAGGGGUAGUAUACGUUCGAUAUCUUGAUAGCUAA